AUGCUAUCGGAAGCUAACGUUGUUGGUAAAGUUGUUAAAGUGCCUUCAAGAAAGAAGAAUCAUCAUCACGAAGGAGAAAAUAAUUAUUAUCAUCAUGAUGAGGAAAAUAAUCAUGAUAAUGGAGGAAGGUUAAAGUUUGUAGUCAUUUCCGAUACUCACAAUCUUCAUGAAUUAUUGAAAAUUCCUGAUGGUGAUGUCUUGAUUCAUUGUGGAGACUUUACGAAUAGAGGAACUGCAGAGGAGGUUAAUAAUUUCUUUGAAUAUAUUACAAAGAAUUGCGAUGGAAGAUUUAAAUAUAUUUUAAUGAUUGUUGGUAAUCAUGAAUGGGCUCCUGAUAUUGUUGUUGGUAGACAUUUCAAAAAACAUUUUCGAGAUAAAAAGACAAAAUCUCAAAUUCAUCUCCUUCUAGACGAAACCAUAUCCAUUCCUGAUAACCAUGGACACAAUAUUAAAAUUUAUGGAAGCAGAUUCAGAGAUGCAUGGAAAUUUCCACCCCUCAAGAAGGACUCUGUAAAAAAGACAAAAUUCUUCAUUCCACACGAUAUUGACAUUUUACUGACCCACACACCAGCCAAUAAGAAUUCACUGGAUAUUAUCUAUGAUGGUGUGACUUCGAGAGGAUCUGAAGAGUUGACUACCUUGUUGGAUUCUGACUAUUUUAAACAAUUAAGAGUUCACAUUUUUGGACACAAUCACGAUUCGAGAGGUUACUACCAUGAGGAGCAGUCAGAUAGAAUUUACAUGAAUGCAACCUCUGUAAUUGGGGAUAAGAAGCAAAAGAUUGUGGAAGAACCAUUUGUCUUUUAUUUUUGAAAUUGAGGAGGUAUCACGAUUCUUUAUGCAUCAAUUGAUUGGAUUCAAAGAUAAUGAUGAUUAGCUAUAGAAUCUAUUGGUUGUUGGACAUAUUUAAGAACAAAGAUAAUUAUUAGGAUUACAUUAUUCAAAUACAGAAGAAGCAUUAUAUUUGAGAACAUGUUCGUAAUUGGUUGUGGAAAACCUUCUUGCACAUUUGAAUAAUUUGCUCUUUAUUGAGAUGUUGGACAGAAUUUGGAAGUAGUGUGACCAAACAGGAGAAGAUGUAUCCUUGUUUGUGGAUUUGGACACAGUAUUGUUGGGAUUUAUUGGAACGUUGUUGUGGAGAAUUAUCUUGAGGGAUUCUCCACCAAACAAGUGGAGCAGUUCUUUUAUUUGUUCAUCCAAAAGUCCAUGUACUGUUCGCGACCUUGAAUAUUAGAACAACCAUAAGAUACAGCAAUAAUUGUAGUGUAUUGGACCCAAUACGAUUAAUUUGGCAUUAAAAAAGACAAUACACUUCAUAUUAAGUCAUGGACAGUGUUUUCAAAGAGAAUCGUCAAUUAAUAGAUAUGAAUGGUUUGAAUUUGGUCAUUUCGCAAUGCAUUCUAGAAUAACUGAAAUAUUUCUGUUCAAUAUUCACGUUGAAUAAUAUUAAGGUUUUGAUAUCAUCAAUACAAUCAGACAAUGCUACUCAUAGAAACACAACAAUAUCAAUUAUCAAUAAAGCAUUUCAUUAUUUAUUCAAAAA